AUGGAAUUAUUGGAUACAGAAAAUAGGUAUAUCCAUUUAUUACAAGAUGUUUAUGAUAAGGUCAUGAUAAACAAAGAAAUUGACUGUAAAACAUCAGUUGGUAUUACACAGAUUCCAUUUACUCAAUUAAAACAAAAAUUACUUGGGAAUUGGUCUGAAUUACUGUCAUUUCAUAAAAUGCAUGUUCUACCUACAUUGAAAGAAUGCAAUGGAAAUGCUAAGAUGAUCAAAUAUUGGGCUUCUGUCAUGGCACCAUGCUUCAUUGACCUGUAUACUAUGUACUGUUUGUUCCAUGAAAAGACAAAACGACUAUGUACUUAUUUAGGAAACGUUUCAUGUAAAAGUGUGAAUUUAAAAAAACCAAAUGUAAAAAAUGAAACAAUUGGAAAUUAUAACACCAAUACCGAGUUAUUUAAAUCUCAACUAACCAAACCUGUACGACGUAUUCAGUCUUAUCAUCUAUUAUUGAAUAAACUUCAAAAAGAAGCGAACUUAUCUGAUGUUAAAUACUUGGACGAUGCCCGUCAAAUAUUCAACAGAAUAUGUGAUACAGUAAAUGUGACAAUGAAUCUGCGUGGUUUGACGGUAGCGCCAUCAAAGUUAGGACAUUUUUUGCUAGAAGCUGAUUUUACUGUUAACCAAACAAUCAAACCUACAAAGUCGAAACGACAUUUUCAUGUAAUUUUAUUUACUGAAAUGUUACUGUUAACAAAAUACCGUGUUUCGUUUAAAACAUCAAUUUCUAAUAAUAAGAGCUUUGAAGAUCAGUUUCCAAAUUUGGAUGAUUAUUUAGCAUUCUUUGAUUUUUCACAUAAUAGUAAGCUCAGUGGUAAUAAAUCAUAUGAAGUAGAAGAAGAACUUUGUCUACAUCAAAUUGGGUUAUUUUCAAAUUCACAUGAUCGAUGUUUCUCACUAUUUACCGAAAACUAUGGAUCCACUUAUACGUUUAAAUCAAACGAUAAUACAGUGAAACAACUAUGGACGAGUACAAUCAAUAAAUUACUUAUGAAUCAAUUGUACAAUUUACGAGUUAAUACGGAUCCAAAACUACAGACAUUCAAUAGAUUAUCGAUUUCAAGUAGUCACUUUUCUUGGCUGAAUCCAAAUUUACCAGUAAAUUCUAAAGUAAAGCAAUUAAAAGAGAAGUGAAAGUAACAUUUUUAAAAAUAACGUCUGAUUUUUUAUUUCACUCACAUUUUAUGAAUAUUUUGGACAAAGGCAAUUUAAAAACAGUUUAUAAUAAUAUUGUUCACAAUAGGGGAGGUUAGUUGUGUUAUAAAAUCCGUUAUAUAUCAAAAAUUACACGUUUUACUUUAUUAAAAUCGGAAUAACGGUGUGAACAAUGGUUUUAUAUAAAAAUAUUUUUCAGUUUUCUGAUAAGUCAACUUACUUUAUAAUCCUUUAGGUCAUACAUUUCAAAAAUAACGUAUAUCAAUUAAAUUUUAUCAAGUAUUUUUUGCCUGACUAUAUGCUUCGUGUUUUUUUGUUGUUGUGAUUUUCACAAAGUACCUUACAUUUAUUUUUAAGAGUCUACAUAUGAAAAAAUUUAAUCCAUCCAAGUUGAUCUGAUACAUCUUUAGAAGUUGAGGUCAUUUUCUAAUUUCUCUGAUAUUAUUUUAACUUACUUAAUAUAUAUAAGUAGCAUAUAUUUUUCUUGUUAAUAAUUCACUUUUUUUUCGUAAAAAUGUAUG